CCAUUUCUGUUGCUAAUUCAGUCUGUCAGAGGCAUGGAACAUCAAGACUCUAAACUGGUUACUUUGUCUUUCCAGACCAAGAACAUCGACAUCCACGAAACCUCUGAUGAUGAAGUAAAUGAUUCUCCAGUAGAACAAGUCCGACUCACUGUUCCAAUUGUCGAUGAUCCGACAUUACCAUGCUUGACAUUUAGAACAUGGGUUUUAGGGAUAGCCUCGUGUGCUGCCUUGUCUUUCUUGAACCAGUUCUUCCAUUACCGUCAAAAUUCACUCCACAUUUCUUCACUCACAGCACAAAUCCUUGUUCUUCCACUUGGAAACCUGAUGGCAACAUAUCUACCUAACAGAACACUUGUGUUGUUUCCUUCAACCAAAUGGUCCUUCUCAUUGAAUCCAGGCCCUUUUAACAUUAAGGAACAUGUUCUUAUUACCAUAUUUGCAAAUUCUGGUUCUACCAAUGUUUAUGCAGUCAACAUUAUCACCAUAGUUAAAGCAUUUUAUCAUGGUCAGAUACACCCUUUCGCUGCUUUGUUGUUAGCUCAUACUACCCAGAUGCUUGGAUAUGGAUGGGCUGGGAUUUACAGAAAGUUUCUUGUUGAUUCACCGUAUAUGUGGUGGCCUAAUAACCUAGUGCAGGUCUCCCUCUUUAGGGCGUUGCACGAUGAUGAGGUUAGGCCAAAAGGUGGCCUGACAAGGUUGCAAUUCUUCCUCAUGGUGUUCAUAUCGAGUUUGGCGUAUUAUAUCGUUCCAAACUAUCUUUUUCCGUCGAUUACGGCUUUAUCCUUCGUUUGUUGGAUAUGGAAGGAUUCGGUGACGGCCCAAAUCAUUGGAGCCGGUCGAGACGGUCUCGGGGUAGGAUCGUUUGCACUGGAUUGGUCAACUGUGGCUAGCUUUUUACAAUCGCCAUUAGCCACCCCUGCAUUUGCUAUAAUCAACAUGAUGUUGGGGUUUGUCAUUGUAGUUUAUAUAUUAACCCCUAUAGCUUACUGGACUAACUCCUACGAAGCGAGGAGAUUUCCGAUCAUCUCGUCGCAUGUGUUCACCGACGACGGCGAGAAAUACGAUGUUUCGAGAAUUUUGAAUUUCACGACCUACGAAUUCAAUCAACGAGGAUAUGAUGGCUAUAGCAAAAUUAACCUGAGUGUGUUCUUUGCAUAUUCUUAUGGUCUUAGCUUUGCUACAUUGGUUGCUACUGUGUCACAUGUUGUGUUUUUCCAUGGAAGCAUGAUAUGGCAACAAACGAAAUCGACAUUUCGGGAUAAGUUUAGUGAUGUUCAUUAUAGAAUAAUGAAGAAAAACUAUGAAGCAGUACCGCAAUGGUGGUUUUAUAUGCUGUCGAGCAUCGUAAUCGGACUAGCGGUGCUUAUUUCUCAAGGCUUUGGCAAGCAGUUUCAACUCCCUUACUGGGGAGUCCUUUUGGCAAUUGGCUUGGCCUUGUUCUUUACUCUCCCAGUAGGUGUGAUUAUGGCUACCACAAACCAGCAACUGGGACUAAAUAUCAUCGCCGAGCUGAUUAUCGGUUACAUUUAUCCGGGAAAACCGUUGGCAAAUGUUGUUUUCAAGACAUACGGUUAUAUAAGCGCGGCGCAGGCGGUUAUGUUUCUACAAGACUUCAAACUAGGCCAUUAUAUGAAAGUUCCUCCAAAGUCGAUGUUUGUUGUCCAGUUGGUAGGAACGGUGGUGGCUACUAGUGUCUAUUUUGGGACAGCUUGGUGGCUCUUAACAACAGUAGAACAUAUAUGUGACCCGUCUAAAUUGACAAAAGGAAGUCCUUGGACAUGUCCUGGUGAUGACAUAUUCUACAAUGCUUCCAUCAUUUGGGGUGUAGUUGGACCAGUUCGAAUGUUUGGUCAGCUCGGGUUGUAUUCUAAGAUGAACUACUUCUUUCUUAUCGGGAUUGUUGCACCGUUGCCCGUGUGGAUACUGUCCCGUAUGUUCCCUGAGAAAAAGUGGAUUAAGCUCGUUCAUAUGCCGUUGAUUAUCGGAGGUGCGGGGGCAUUGCCAGCAGCCAGGGUUGUGAACUACUGGUGUUGGGGUAGUGUUGGGGUGUUGUUCAAUGUUUUUGUGUAUAGGAGAUAUAAAGGUUGGUGGGCUCGUCAUAACUAUAUAUUGUCAGCUGGGUUAGAUGCCGGUGUAGCUUUUAUGGCUAUUCUUUGUUACUUCACAUUGCAAAUGUGGAAUGUUAAUGGACCUAAAUGGUGGGGUGCUCAGUUAGAUGAUCAUUGCCCCCUUGCUAGUUGCCCUACUGCUCCUGGAAUACAAGUUGAAGGCUGCCCUGUUUUUCAAUGAAAUUUUCCUGCUUGCUUUAUACACACUAGAGCAUAAAAACCCUGUCGUAUAUUAAAUUUUGACGGGUUAAUAUGUAAAUUUGUUAUCUUAUUUUAUGAACAAAAGAUAAAUUUAUCACUUUAACUUUAUA